AUGAAAUUUAAUUCUUUAUUAUUCAUAAAUUUAGUUACCAUUGAAAUAUGUAAUGGACGUGAUUUCUCUUACAAUGGAAUCAUGGGUCCAAAGGAUUGGAGUACCGAGUACAGUUCAUGCAAAGGGAAGCAUCAGUCGCCAAUAAACAUCGACAUUCUUCAUGUCAAAAAAGUAAAGCUUCCUUCAUUAAACUUGCACAACUUUAAUAAAAUUCCAAAUAUAACUCAUAUCGAGAACAAUGGUCACACAGUUUAUUUCACGAUUGACACGGAAGAAAAUAUUCCAACAAUCGAUGGCGGCCCAUUAAGUUCGUCUUAUCAAUUUUCACAGUUGCAUUAUCAUUGGGGUGACAACGACAGCUACGGUUCUGAAGAUUCGUUCAAUGGAAAGUAUUUCCCAAUGGAGUUGCAUGUAGUUUUCUUUAAACAAGAGUAUAAGAACAUUAAAGAAGCGAUGCUUAAAUCAGAUGGACUUGCGGUCAUGGCAUUCUUUUUUGAAGUAUCAAAACCAAAUCCCGCUUAUCAAGAACUUUCACUGCUUUUAAACACCAUUCAAAAGCCUCACACUAAAGCAAAUCUCACUACUCCAAUUGCACUUCAAGACUUCAUACAGACAGCAAACACUCAUGAAUAUUACGUUUAUAAUGGAAGUUUAACAACGCCGCCAUGUCUGGAAGUUGUCACAUGGCUUGAUUUCUACGACCCAAUUCAAAUAUCACAUGACCAGCUUGAGAGCUUCAGACAAUUGGAAGAUUUAGAGGGCAAUUCUUUAUCGCAUAACUUCCGUCCUGUUCAACCGAUUGGUGAUCGAAUUGUUUGGUUCACUUCAGAUCGAAUAUCUGAGAACGAUCCAAAUCUACAUGAAAAUAUUCAUGGAAAGAAGAAAAACAAUUCACAAUUGCCUUGUGCAAACUUCAUGAUAAUUUUAUUGAUGUUCUUUGGAUGUAAUUAUUUCUAA